AUGGAUAACGCGUUUUUAAAACAGACAUGGAUCGUGUCAGGAGUUCUCCUUACAAUGAUGGAAGUGGGGACGUUCUUGGGAUUCACCACGUGCCUGCUACCGGCUCUCAAGGAUCCAGACUCGCCCAUCAAGGCCACAUUAGAACAAUCUUCUUGGAUAGCUGCAUCCUUCAGUCUAGCCUGGAUACCAGGGUUCCUUUCAUCAUCAUACUACAUGGACAGAUUCGGAAGAAAAAUGGGCUUCAUUCUGGACAUAAUUCCAGGAGCUUUGGGUCUCAUCGUUAUGUACUUCUCCACAAACGUCGCCUGCUUGCUCGCUGCAAGAGUUCUGCAAGGCAUCACUGCUGGAUCUACAACUAUAUUAGGCGCCAUAGUUAUUGGCGAAUAUUCAAGUCCUGUUCAUCGAGGGAUGUUCUUAAAUCUGAAGACCGCAGCUCUUUAUGUCGGCAGUACUUUGGUCCACAUCCUAGGAUAUUACUUUCACUGGAGGACAGUCGCUGCUAUAACUUUAAUCCCCUAUUUAAUAGUUUUUGCUAUGGUUUGCACUUGGCCAGAGAGUCCUUCCUGGUUGGCUUCUAAUAAAAGAUUUGAUAAAAGUAGAAUAGUCUUUUACAGACUCCGAGGAAAGACUGAGCAAUCCGAAAAAGAACUGACUGAAAUGAUUGACGCUCAACAAGAACGUCAGCAAAUUGAAGAAUUGAGUAUUUACCAGAGCUUGGUACACUUUUGUCAGAAGUUUGGCAAGAGAGACUUUGUAAUGCCAGUCCUGAAUUAUUUGUUUGCUGCGAUUUUAUUAGAGACUACCGGCAGACAUAUAUUCCCAGCUUAUGCAGUGCAGAUAAUUUCGGAAAUAUCAGGCAAUACUGGAUCUAUUUACUAUACUUUCGCUUUGGAUAUCAUAGUAGCUGUUAGUGCUACUUUUUCCUCAUAUUUGAUCAAGAUCAUGAAAAGAAGAACGUUGUUAUUUACGACUGGAUUUGCUGCUGUUGUGGUCCUUAAGGCCGCGUGUGGUUAUUUGUAUUUAGCUUCCAAGGACCUGAUACCUAAUGCUCCGAGAGUACCAUUGUCAUUGUUCGCUUUGUACUUUGCUAUUGUUAAUUUCGCUUGUGCACCAAUACCUUUAGCUUUAGUGGGAGAGAUAUUUCCUCUAGAACAUAGGGCAGCAGGAACCACAAUAGCUGGUAUAUUAAUAUCAGUAACUAGUAUAGUUACUCUUAAAACUACACCUUUUUUGUUAGAGACUUUUAAAGUUUAUGGUACUUUUACGAUAUUAGGGAUAGUCAUGGCGAUUUCGCUAGUAUUUUUGUACUUUAUGUUGCCUGAAACUAAGGAUAGGACAUUACAAGAAAUCGAAUACUUUUUUAAUCAUGGUAAGUUUAGAGAAGAUGAAAUUCGAAAUAGAAAUGAUGAUAAAGAGCUUGUUCAGAUGAUUCCUUGAAUGAUUGUCUCAUUGUUUUAGCUUAGGUAAAUGUGUAACAUAUGUAAAUACCUACGUUAAUUAAAAUAUUAUAAAUUUUUAAGAGAUAAUACAAAACAUUUCAAUUAAUUUUAAUUUUCCUUUAAAUGUAAUAUAGUGACAUCUAUUGAAAAAAGUAAGAAGUUUUUCGUAAGUAGGAGGACACAAGGACCAAAAUAAAUGAAAGACCAAAUAAUUAAUAAAUCUUAUUUAUUUGUCAAAUUCGUUCUAACAACUAAUUCACGAUGACAUCACGACCCAUGCAGUUUGGGUACCUACAGAGUACAGUAACGCAACGAACCAACAACUAAAAUAAAAACUAAUAAAAUCGCCUAGGAACAAUAUAGUCGCCUACUGAAUGUCAUUUAUUUGAUUUUAUAUACAAAAAAAAAACGAUAGUAUCACAUGCAGUUUAUAUGCUCGAAUUCGCAAAAGUAAAAAGGUAUUAUUAAGCAAAGUCACCAAUUAUCUUUCUAAGUUUUUUUGUAUAAUAUUUUACGUAAAUUUAUCAGAAUAUUAUACAAAAUAAUAUCGUUUUAUGAACAAGAAUAAGCCAAAUUGCAAUGAUUUUUUAUGGAAGCUUAUAACUUAUUUGGUCUUCAAACUGCCGUUUAAGAUAUAGAAUAAUAUAGGAAAUUAUAUUACACAUUGAGAUUACAUAAAUAUAAUAAAUAAACCUAAAAAUAAUCUAACAAAUCACAAAUACAAAUCUAAAAAUUAAAUUAAAUGAUUUAAAAAUAUAACACAAUAAUUAUAUUGACUACAUUUUACAUAAAAAUUGACAUAAAAUUAUUAUAAAAUGUAUUCUUAUGUCAUGAUUGUUAUAAUUUUAAUAUUAAAUGAAUAUUACUUAAAAUAUGGUGACCAGCACCGAUGAAGCUCAUUUUUUGUAAAAUUAAUAUAAUUGAUUUUAUAUAUUGUUUAAAAUGUAAAUUAUUGGCAACAUUGGAUACGAUUUCUUCUUAUUAUAAUUUAAGAAAUCGUAACCAAUAUACUAGAAUUAAUAUAAUGAAAAUGUAUUAUAGAAAACUAUAUAAAGGAUUGGUUGAUUGAUUAUCUGAGUGAAAAGAAAAGAAAAUAAUUUCGUAUACACAUCAUAUUAACGUCGCAAUGUCUUUUUAAAGAAAUAAUAUUUUCCAUUCUGAAAUCGCAUCCUAUUUUUAAUAUAAAUGCAUAGAGACAUGUACAAAACCGUGCAAAAUGUACAUUCAGUUGGGAAAUUAAAAUUGUCUACUUACAAACUAAGGCUAAACUAAUAUAACUAAUAAUACUCAUUUAAUACCUAUAGUUAUAAAAUAUUGACUAUCGACUUUGUUCAGGGAUAAAAUAAAUUAUUACAUACAAUUUAUCCUUAGUCUUUAUGGGGUUAAUUAAAAACUGUUACAAUUCUGAUUGUGUGUAU